AUGAAGGUCGCCGAAACGCUUUAUACAAAAGGCUUCAUCAGUUACCCCCGUACCGAAACUGACCAGUUCGAUAAGGACAUUGACCUAAAAAAACUUGUUGAGAAGCAAUUUCAAAGUAGUGCGUGGGGUGAAUACGCCCGAGGACUUAUUGGCGGCGGGUUUAAACAGCCUCGUCGUGGUCGGAAUAAUGACAAAGCGCAUCCUCCAAUUCACCCGGUAGCCUUUGUUGCCCCUACUGUCCUAAAUACUAAUGAGAAAAAGGUGUACGAGUUUGUUGUUCGACGAUUUUUGGCCUGCUGCUCUGAAGACGCGAAAGGCGAAUCUACCGAGGUCGAGAUUAAAUAUGGCGAUGAGAAUUUCCACACACGUGGGCUCGUUGUGUUGGAACGAAACUACCUCAAUGUCUAUGUAUACGACAAAUGGGAGAGUAGCCAGACUCUGCCGAACUUCACACUGAAUGAAAUUUUCGAGCCCAAGGAAGCGAAUAUCACAGAGGGGAAAACGGUUGCCCCUGGAUAUUUAACUGAACCGGAACUUAUUGGGCUUAUGGAUGCGAAUGGAAUUGGCACUGAUGCUACAAUGGCAGAACAUAUUGCGAAGAUAAAGGUGAGAGAGUAUGUUGCAACCAGACAGCGUGGCGGCGGCGGUGGGAGGGGUGGGGUAGAAGAAUUCAUCCCUACUAAAUUAGGCGUUGCUCUGGUUGAGGGAUACGACAAUGUGGUUGCUGGCUUACCGGAUUGCCCCAGCUUGACAAAGCCUUUUCUUCGCAAAGAGAUGGAGUUGCGCAUGGGAGAUAUAUGCGCAGGAACCAAGACGAAAGCAGAGAUCGUGACCCAGAACGUUCGGAUGUACCGCGAAGUAUUUACACAUACGCAACGGCGCAUUGACUUGCUCAAGGUGGCUUGCAGAAAAUAUGUAUAUGAAGUUGGGAUUUAA